AUGUCUUCCGCCGUGGUGCAUAGCGACGACCUCAUGGAGCCCACACUCCAGUCGGUUGUUAACCAGAAGACCCUGCGCUGGAUCUUUGUCGGCGGUAAAGGAGGUGUCGGCAAGACUACGACUUCUUGCUCUCUCGCGAUUCAGCUUGCCAAAGUUCGCAGAUCGGUCCUACUCAUCUCCACCGACCCCGCACACAACCUGAGCGAUGCUUUCGGACAGAAGUUCGGAAAGGAGGCCCGCCUUGUUGACGGUUAUUCGAACCUCAGCGCUAUGGAGAUCGACCCGAACGGCAGCAUUCAAGAUCUCUUGGCUAGCGGCGAAGGCCAAGGAGACGACCCUAUGUCUGGCAUGGGUGUCGGUGGAAUGAUGCAGGAUCUGGCGUUCAGUAUCCCCGGUGUUGAUGAAGCUAUGUCUUUCGCCGAAGUUUUGAAGCAAGUCAAGUCCCUGUCCUACGAGGUUAUUGUGUUUGACACCGCACCGACCGGCCACACUCUUCGCUUCCUCCAGUUCCCCACCGUGCUAGAGAAGGCUCUCGCAAAACUGUCGCAGCUGUCGUCCCAGUUUGGUCCCAUGUUGAACUCGAUCCUUGGUUCUCGUGGUGGAUUGCCGGGUGGCCAAAACAUUGACGAACUGUUGCAGAAGAUGGAGUCCCUGAGGGAAACGAUCAGCGAAGUCAAUUCGCAGUUCAAGGACGCUGACCUGACCACCUUCGUCUGCGUCUGCAUUGCAGAGUUCCUGUCUCUGUACGAAACUGAACGCAUGAUCCAGGAACUCACCAGCUAUAAUAUCGAUACCCAUGCCAUCGUGGUCAACCAGCUCCUGUUCCCGAAACAGAGCAGCGCCUGUGAACAAUGCAAUGCGCGGAGGAAGAUGCAGAAGAAGUACUUGGAGCAGAUCGAAGAGCUGUAUGAAGACUUCAACGUGGUCAGAAUGCCAUUGCUGGUUGAAGAGGUCCGAGGCAAGGAGAAACUUGAGAAGUAA